CGAGACGCACCUCAAAAGCGCCUGCCUGAACCUGCAGUCGUUACACUGUCAAGGGCGAGACAACUCUACUCCAAUGACCAACACCGCUUCCGUGGUCGAGAGCAUGCAACAGGCCCUUUGGGACAGUGUUAUGAGCAGGGGCGCCCGAACAACUUUGCGCUAUCUCGCUCACCACACCGAACGACAAACCCCAAUGCAAUGGUAGCAACACCUACCGUCCGGACUCGUGCUGGUGGCUCUCGCUCCCGCCUCGGAUGCGCUACCUGCAGACGCCGAAGACUAAAGUGUGACGAGAGCAAGCCAGGGUGUAAACGUUGCGCAUCCAGUGGCUACAAGUGUGAUUUUCAGACUUCACUCGCACCCGGGACAUCCGAUUCUCUCACUUUUAUAUACUACGCCGCCGGGCCUCCUAGAGGCAUACCUCAACCUGAUUGCGAAUUACCGGAGCGCCGGGCGCUGGAUUUUUUUGUUCAUCGCGCGAUCCCAGACAUUCGGGGCGAAUCAUCGUCUGACCUAUGGUCAACAUACCUGUUGCCCCUGGUGUAUCAUGAACCUGCAAUCAAGUAUGCUGUGGCCGCCUUCGCCACACUCUAUGAGGACUAUGUGAAUUAUGCCAUCGAUGAAAGCGAGACAGCUCUCGUACUCUACGGCAAAGCCAUCAACCUCAUCUCAAAACUCGACCCCUUCACCCAAGGCGCAGUCGACCUCGCACUUGCAAGCUGUGUCCUUUUCGCGUCCUUUGAAGGCUUGUCCAGGCACCCGCGGUCCUUGAUUUCGCACGUCUUGUCCGGAAUGAGGAUUUUGAGCGACAAAGCACUAUCUCGACAGAGCUUCAUCCCUCGGAUGUUACUGAAAAGUAUAUUUCGAGGUCUGAUCACCCAAGCCAUGCAAAUUGGUGACAAUUAUGUUUUACGGCAGGACCGAGGUGAAGACUCUCUCAGCAUACCUGAUUCGUUCGCUACAAUCGAGGAAGCCUGUGUAUGUCUCGACGAAUUCGAACACUAUACUUUGCACCAGGUUAGGAACUCAGCCCUCGCUGUCGACACAGACACGCCAUAUACAGAUUUUGUGGUCAGGUUCGAAGAGGUUGUUGCGAGGAACAAAUUACUCACGCGACGCUGGCGAAGUGCUGCUGCGAAGUUCCUGGCUGCCGAAGGAGAUUCCCUUAGCCCGACUCAUCUACGUCUGAAGGUGAUCGAUACCUCUUUUUCUAUCGGCAUGGGCAGUGUUGGGGAAUGCGAUUUCGAUCGCUACAUGGAUGAGUUUAAGCAGAUCGUCGACUUGUCGGAAAUGUAUCUCAAGGCAUUGGCAGCCCCUCUGGCUGAUCAGACGACCAUGUGGAGGGAAAGCACACCCAGGUCCAACACCACGCCUGCUUCGACCCCGUCGCCCACCCCCAGCGACCACUCUCAGCCUUCGCAAAAGCUUAGACCGCGGCCGCUCAUGCCGAAGCCGGAGAUGCGACUGUGUCCAACGUUCUCCGUAUCUGCCGGAGUGAUCUUGAGGCUGCAAAUGGUAGCCCUAAAAUGUCGAGAUCCGCACAUUCGCAGACGAGCCUUGCGAUUAAUUCAAAACAGCAAUCGUAGAGAAGGUCUCUGGGAUUCGCAAAUCGUCGGGAAGUUCGUGGAAAGGAUCAUCAGUAUCGAAGAGGAGCACGCGCUGCGCAUCCUAAGGUCAGGAGGACUUGACAUUCAACAACUGACGGACGCCGCUCAGGUUCCCCUUCAAGCAAGGGUAGAGGUAAGGGGUGUUCAACUGGGCCUUCACAAACAAGGCGAAGUCAGCUACAUCAUUCAGGAUCCGGCUUGCACGGCACGGGCUGUCACUGAGACAAUCAGUUGGUAAAAUAUCGAGCUUCUCGAUGUGCGUGGGAAAGUCCACAGUCCCAAAGGCUUCGUGAACGGAUGACAGGCUGUAUCCGAGGACGUAUAUUGGCAUCUCUGCUAGUCUCUACCAGUAGAGUUCCAUGGGAUACACAUCAAGGGCUUCAAGUCCUGUUGAAG